UCACAUUUGAUUUAUACGUUCGCCAGCUGAUUAACAUUUAGGUUGUUUCAUCUUUGGCUAUUAUGAAUAAUGCUAACAUUUGGAAAAACGUUUUUGCAUGGACAAGUAUUUUCAUUUCUCUUGGAUAUAUAUUUAAGAGUGGAAUUUGCAUUACUUUUAUUGGAGUGAAAAUCAGAAGCAAUUUCAUGGUCUAACAACGGAAUUAUGUUACACUCUCAAUAGUAUUAUGCAGAAAUGCUACACUCUCAAGAGAAACAUGCAGAAAAAUGGUGGCUUUGUUGAAUGAAGACCAAAUAAUAAUAGGCUACAUGAAGUGAAAAAAAGAAAAAAAAAAAAAGGAUACAACCCACUUGAAAUCCUCCUAGGGCUUCCCAUGGGACUUCCCAUUCCUUCUUCUGUUCUAUGGCAUCUGUCCUCUGCUUCCACAUCCUGCCUCAGUUGUCUGAGGGCCAACCACACUAGCUUUCAGAGAUUCUUAGAAACGUCCCAGCUUCGGAGCCUUUUCACAUAGCUUCCUCUGCUUGUAUCAUUCUUUGCCCAGUGGUUUCAAGUCUCAUCUUAAAUGUCACUUCUUCAGAAAAACCUCUGAUAUCCCAAACCAGGAGAAAGGCAAGUGUUUCCAUAGCAGCCGGAGAUUUUCCAUCUUAAUGGUUUUGAUAUAGAAUUGUUUACUUGGUCAAAUAUUGAGAGCCUUUUAUAUGCAGGGAUACAAGGUGAAACAAAACAUGCAAGAUCCCUGCCACUUGCGACCUUAUAUUCUAGGGAGGGGAUACAGUGAACAAAUAAAUGCACUUGGUAAUUUUACAUACUGAUAGCUCAAUGGUUAUCCUCUGUUUGGACUGUAAACUCCAUGAAGGCAGGAGCUAUGUCUGUCUGGGCUACUUCCAGUUUGCUGAGACUCUGGCCACUAAAUAAGCUCAAUACAUAUUUUUUCACUGACAAAACAAGUAUAUGAAAGACAGAAAUGGAAAAAAAACGGGACUUCUAUAAAUGGAGAUCUAGCUCUUCCUCUUUCAAUACUUUCUGUAAUACUACAUAGCUUUAAAUAAUUAAAUCAAUUAAAAUAGCAAAAAGUUACUCUUUGUAGUAACAGAACCCCAAAUAAAACCCAUUUAUGUCACCACACACUCGUUAAGUACCUGGUAAUAAAACCUAUUCUGAAAUACCCAGACGUGUUGGUUAAGUGGAUAAAAUCCAAUUGGCGCAUUGCCAAACAGGUUCCUCCCCGUCAGCAGCACAGUUUAUAGUUUUUCACAGAGGCCUUAAGCACCCAUCAUUUGAUUCUCCCUCAUUUUCCGAUUUCUAAAACCCUUUAGAAUCUCCCUCCACCCACACGAUGUGGCAGCGAGAAAAACCGCAAUUCUAUUUACACGUCAAUGGUAAGAGAACACAUAAUAUUUUGCCAGGUCAACAAAUUUGCAAGAUCUCCACCCAAGAGAACAGUAUCCCCUUUCCAGUGAAUCAUUCUAAGACGCUGGAGACGAGUAGGGCUAGAUAAAACCAAGCUACCCUAAGGCUGGACCAGAGAAGCCGAUCGUGAGCUACCUUCCCCCAAGCGCAGCGCUCGGCAGCCUCUUUCUUCCCCAAGCGCAUGCGCAGCACACUCCCCGGCCACCACACGCCUCCUCCAUGGGGUCGGGAGACGUUGACGUCACCGUGCAGUCUGCAAGCAACCCUUCCGCUCCUUCAAGGAAAAUGAGUCCACGGAUUUUCUUAGCCCCCAGAAAAUGUCCUUCCUCUUUCCAUCCCAGUGUCAACGACUUCCCCAGCCCGUCUCCUUUCGGCCGGACUUCUCUGUACUUUCGUUGGACCAGAAAGGCGGAGGGAGGGAAGAGGAAGGGUGAAAGACCAAUUCCGUGUUGUUUACAAGGAGUAGGCGAGUCUAGGAAUCGGUCCGCGAGGGCGGAGCCGAGGAAGCCGGCACUUCUUCCUUCUUUCCCCUCCCUCCCCAGCCUUCCCCGCGAGCGGACGCGGCAGCGCCUCUGUCUCGCUUUUUCUUAUUUUUUCCCCCCUUUCCCCUUUCUUUUUUUUUUUUUUUUCUUUUCUUUUCCCCCCUCCCCCCCUUUCACCAUUUCCUCUCGGAGGCGCUUUCCCCGGGCAGGGGCAGAGCCGGUCUCACCCCCCCGCCUCUCCCCGGCCCCCGCCGCCCUAUGGCUAGAGGGAGCCCCCUCCCCACCCAAGCUCGAGCGGCGGCGGCCUCAGGCCGGGGGUCAUCAUGGAACUAAUUCGCUGACCGACCCAGCACCCGCAGCCGUGCGUCCCGCUCGAGCGCCAGCGCCGGCGCCCCCCGACCCGCUUCCCCCUCUUCUCCCUCCUCAAUCGGCCCCGUAGUCCCGCGCGCACCGCCGCCGCGCGCCGAUGAGAAUGAGGUGGUAACGGGCCCCCGGAUGACCCCGCGUCACCACUGUGAGGCCUACAGCUCAGCCGGGGAGGAGGAGGAGGAGGAAGAGGAGGAGAAGAAUGUUUCUCCAUCCCAGAGAGAUGAAGUAAUUCAAUGGCUGGCCAAACUCAAGUACCAAUUCAACCUUUACCCAGAAACAUUUGCUCUGGCUAGCAGUCUUUUGGACAGGUUUUUAGCUACCGUAAAGGCUCAUCCAAAAUACUUGAGUUGUAUUGCAAUCAGCUGUUUUUUCCUAGCUGCCAAGACUGUUGAGGAAGAUGAGAGAAUUCCAGUACUAAAGGUAUUGGCAAGAGACAGUUUCUGUGGAUGUUCCUCAUCUGAAAUUUUGAGAAUGGAGAGAAUUAUUCUGGAUAAGUUGAAUUGGGAUCUUCACACAGCCACACCAUUGGAUUUUCUUCAUAUUUUCCAUGCUAUUGCGGUAUCAACUAGGCCUCAGUUACUUUUCAGUUUGCCCAAAUUGAGCCCAUCUCAACAUUUGGCAGUCCUUACCAAGCAACUACUUCACUGUAUGGCCUGCAACCAACUUCUGCAAUUCAGAGGAUCCAUGCUUGCUCUGGCCAUGGUUAGUCUGGAAAUGGAGAAACUUAUUCCUAAUUGGCUUUCUCUUACAAUUGAACUGCUUCAGAAAGCACAGAUGGAUAGCUCCCAGUUGAUCCACUGUCGGGAGCUUGUGGCACAUCACCUUUCUACUCUGCAGUCUUCCCUGCCUCUAAAUUCCGUUUAUGUCUACCGUCCCCUCAAGCACACCCUGGUGACCUGUGACAAAGGAGUGUUCAGAUUACAUCCCUCCUCUGUCCCAGGCCCAGACUUCUCCAAGGACAACAGCAAGCCAGAAGUGCCAGUCAGAGGUACAGCAGCCUUUUACCAUCAUCUCCCAGCUGCCAGUGGGUGCAAGCAGACCUCUGCUAAACGCAAAGUAGAGGAAAUGGAAGUGGAUGACUUCUAUGAUGGAAUCAAACGGCUCUAUAAUGAAGAUAAUGUCUCAGAAAAUGUGGGUUCUGUGUGUGGCACUGAUUUAUCAAGACAAGAGGGACAUGCUUCCCCUUGUCCACCUUUGCAGCCUGUUUCUGUCAUGUAGUUUCAACAAGUGUUACCUUUGAGUGUAAACUAAGGUAGACUACUCUGGGAAUGAGAACAUGCAAAAUCAGGAAAGGCUGUAGAAGGAUAUAUACCUUAACAGGCUGAUUUGGAGUGAGCCAGAAAAAAAAAAAAAAAAAAAACUACUCUCAUUAUUUGUGUGGCUAAUUAUAAUUCAGUGUUAUUUAAACACAUAAGGACCAAAAAAAAAAAAAAAAAAUCCAAAAGAUCCAAACUUUUUUUAAACUUAAAAAACCUCUUUGUAGUAUGCCAGUUGCACUUUUUUUCUGCCAUAAUGUAACGUAGCUUGCCCCAUAAAAAAUUCAGUUAAAAUUCAUAGCCAGCAAACCUGUUCCCCCUCAGCAUCCUGAUUUGAUUUUGCUUUUGCUUGCUUCUCCAUUUAAGUUACUGAACUUUAUGCAUGCUGAUCUGUAUUGAUUCUCACUGAAUAGGAAACCCCAAAAUUAUUUUUUAGCAGUCGAACAAAUUAUUUCAGUGUGACAGCCAUGAUGCAAGUUCCAAUUAGUAUGAAAGGGUACUUUGGAAUUGUCCCAUAUUAAUCAGAGACAGCAACAGAAAAAGUUCUCAUAUUACCAGGUUGAUUUUGUGUCUCAUUUCAAAUUUUAAUUUAAAAUUAUGGUUUUCAUUUUUGUUUACCUUAAAGUGAUGCUUAAAAGUGGUAUGUAAUUAGGACACUUAGAUUUGUUGAAAGCAUUUUUGACAUUUGUAUAAAAGAAUUUGUGAUAAAGUUAAUAUAUCCAGGUGCUCACCAAAGAAACAUGUAUGUAACAACUGAAAUUAGAUUUUUCUAACUGAUAGUUUUCACUCAUUUAUAAUCAGUAGGAGAGACUGUCUAGAUGUUAGGGCAGCUCUGUGAUUUGAGUCUGUUAACAUGUUAUAACUGAAUUUAGUACCCUAGUUUUGUUAAGCUAUUAGGAUUUUCUAAUAGAACUUACUCCCCACCUGCCUCCCCAGCCUACUUAUAGUUCUCUUAACGACUUCUGGGUCCUGAGCUCCCUUUGCAGUCUGAAAAAGGUAUUGCAGUCAGAACCAUGUACUGAUGAUAAAAGCCUCUGGUAGCAAUAAAAAGUUGUCCUUAA